CCUUUUCCAGGCUCUCCACGCUAAGAGGAGGAGGAAGAGGAGUUUGUGUGAAGAAGCCGCUCCGUUUCGAUCUCCAUACUGCAGAACCAAUCAUUUGACCUCAUCUUGUAUCCUGCCUGCAGCUCUACAGGUGAACCCCUGAUUCUCUGGCUCCCUAAGGCUACACCUUUCACCUCCGUGACUGUCACUCCUGCACUUUCACUGUUCCUCUAUCACCGGUGCCUCCUCCUGCUCUCUCCAUCAUGACGGAGCCGGAGCUGCUGACGGAGGUUCCGGCGGCUCUGAAGCGCCUGGCCAAGCAGGUGGUCCGGGGCUUCUACGGCAUCGAGCACGCGCUGGCGCUGGACGUGCUGAUCCGGAACCCCUGCGUGCGAGAGGAGGACAUGCUGGAGCUGCUGAAGUUCGACCGCAAGCAGCUGCGCUCCGUGCUCAACACGCUGAAAGGCGACAAGUUCGUCAAGUGCCGCAUGCGCGUGGAGACGGCGCCCGACGGAAAGACCACCCGCCACAACUACUACUUCAUCAACUACCGCCUGCUGGUCAACGUGGUCAAGUACAAGUUGGACCACAUGCGGCGGCGCAUCGAGACGGACGAGCGCGACUCCACGAACAGGGCGUCCUUCCGGUGCCCCUGCUGCCACAGCACCUUCACCGACCUGGAGGCCAACCAGCUGUUUGACCCAAUGACAGGGACGUUCCGUUGUACCUUCUGUCAGACCGAAGUAGAAGAGGACGAGUCUGCUGUCCCAAAAAAGGACGCCCGGACGCUGGUCGCCCGCUUCAACGAGCAAAUUGAACCCAUUUAUGUGUUGCUACGGGAGACCGAAGACAUCAACCUAUCGCACGACCUGCUGGAGCCUGAGCCUACGGAAAUCCCCGCCCUGAAACAGAGCCGAGAGCGCGCGGCACCAUCCGGCGGGGGUGUGGGCGCCGGAGCAGCCGGCCACGAGGUGUGGAAAACGAAGGGCUCGUCAUACGACGACCUGUACACACAGAACGUGGUCAUCAACAUGGAGGAGCAGGAGUCGCAGCAAUCGGCCGAGGCAAAGGCCCCCAAAGAGAGGCCCGUGUGGCUGACCGAGAGCACCGUGCCCGGGUCAUACGACACGGAAGCCCUCAAGACCCCUGGUGAAGACUCCAUGGUAACCCAGGAGGGCGUGGCUGGGCGUGGCCCUGCGCAGGACGAGAACGAGGAAGUGAUGCGUGCCCUGCUCAUCCACGAGAGAAAGGUUAGCUCUGCCCUGGGGGGCGGAGCCGUCGCCAGGCCCAGCGCCCCAGCGGCCACGGGCAGCGACUCCGAGAGCGAAACCAGUGAAUCGGACGAGGACUCUCCGAGCCAGGCUCCCGUCCACGUGGCCGCGGCCGCCCCCAGGCCGGGGAGGCAGGACGUAGAGGACGAGGACGAGGAGGAUGACGACUUUGAGGAGGUUGGAGACGAUCCGGUUGUGAUGGUGGGUGGGAGACCGUUCUCCUACAGAGAGGUGAGCCAGCGGCCAGAGCUGGUGGAGCAGAUGAGCGCUCAGGAGAAGGAGGCGUACAUCGAGAUGGGCCAGAACCUGUUUCAGGACAUGUACUUCUGAAGGGUCUCUCUCUCUCUCUCUCUCUCUCUCUCUCUCUCUCUCUCUCUCUCAUUAUUGUUGCCGGAUCAAGACUGUCUAUCAGCUUUUUUGUUGUCUUAUUUAAUUACAUCUUUUGAAAAUGGCAGUUGCCCUUUUCAUUGUGUGAACAUUUCAUGAUAAAUGGACCAAUAGAAAUGGUCUAAAAUUACUUGAUAUUAAAUAUUACAUCUAUUUUUUUUUUAUUCAUCUAUUUUCAUAAUCUCGGCAUAGUUCAGUUGGUAAGACGUAAACAAAGCCAUCCAGAAUAGUUUGAUGUGAAACGGUUAAUUGCAGAGAAACUGUCUCUGAUGUCUUUGCAGUGGUGGUGAUGGGAACCAGGGGUCAUGAUCUCUACAGCACGAAUAUAGCCAUUUUAUUUAAUAUCCAAAAUGAUGACUGUGAAUAUAAAAGCGAUAAAUGUGAACUUACACCUGUCUUCUGGGUUUUUAAUGUCGUGUUCACGAUGGUAAAAUGGUGUUAAAUAAAAAAUACAUGCUGUUUUGGGACUAUAUUGCCUUACAACGGCCUGCAUGUACCUCUUGCCAUUGAAAUAUAAGUUUUAGGCCAAGAACUAUCAUAAACACGAUCUCUGACAUCGGGCAGCGUAUUCAUAACCAUUUCAUGUUGCAUGAGGUCAGAUUUAAAGGCAUUAAACUCCUCAGAUGUUUGGUUCCUAUCACCACCACUGCGAACAGUUCUCACUUUGUUUACAUCUUAAUCGUUUAAUUAAUCGAGGUUUUGGGGGAAAAAACAUUUUUUUCUUCUCCUGUGAAAUUACCGAAGUUUUGUUCCGUCAGCAGCUGAUCUCUCUGUUCUCUCUCUCUUUCACCUGCUAUAUUCUGUCUUUGUGCCUCACUCUCUUUUCUGAGGCUCCUUAGUGGUCACUCUGCCCCUGCAGGACUGCAGGACUCUGUUCCAUCUUUUUACAACAGCACGUUCUGUUGAGUUGUGCUGGAAGUUGGACCCCAGCGGAGAGGUGAAGUAUUCUUCUGUGGAGCAGGACAACUGCUUUUCUGCUCGUCCAUUCCGCGUCUCUCCUGCUGGACUCGGAAUUGCGCUAGUGCCAAGCAACUGAGGUAUUUCUCUCUUCCAUUUCAGGAUGAAUAAACACACAAACGCUGUUUUUAUUUGCUUUUCUUUCACACACCAAGACGCUCUUGGGCAAAUGGCAGAGAAUUCAGUAUUUCUGUGGUAACUGCUGGAACCAGGUGACCCGCCAGAGUCAAAAAAACGUACACAAACGUAGGAGCGUCCUGAGCUGCUGGCCACUGAUUGACAGUUAAAAGUG